GCGAUCAUACCAUGGAGACAAAUUUCGCCCCAACAAAAUGUAAAAGCCCUGCGUUGACUGAAUGAGCAAUAGAUAACGUUUUCGCCUAACGGUUUUCCAGGUACGAGAAAAACGAGAGAGCAGUGGCGGCAUAGUCUGCAGCAACUUUGUGUGUAGAAGAAAAUGUUGGUCCUAGCACGCCGAAAACGUAAACGAAGAGCGGCAACUUCGUUAAAUCGCGAGAAGGAACGCUUGAGAAAACGCUUCUUGUAAUUCUUGAGUCUCUGAGUGGCCAGUAUCGGCGGUGAGCUUCGGCGGUGGUGACGUGAGGCCGCUACUCCACAACACUGGGCGAACAGAAGAAAGACGACCACUUGAGUGUGUGUGUGCGUGCACGUGUGUCCUUGUGUGUGUGUUGAGAGUGCGUGCGCCGGGAAGAGGUCACCAAACUCAAUUGCAUUUCCACAGUUCUAAGCCAAGAAGAUUUUAAACAUUCUUCAGGACAUUUUUAGUUGCUGGACGAGGUUCCAUUAAACUAGGCGAUGGCUGGCCAAAAAGUCUUGAAAAUUGGUGGAUUCUCUCUGCUGGUGCUACUAAUGCUUCUUUGCUGCUCACCUGCAGCUUCUAAGCCGAUAGUAGAUCCAGGUUUGUUCGUCAUCCAGGGUGUUUCCAGUUGCAUCAACGGCACUGGAUAUUGCAUGCUCGGCAACAACUGCUCCGUCGACGUCGACUUCCUGCCCGACCUCGGAGGAGGACAUUGCAAAGGGCUUCGCGAUGCCUUCACGCCCAAGAUUGACUUCAUCUGCUGCAGAUACAACCCACUAGGCAAAGCCACCAGCAAGCCCCCAACCACCACCAUCAACUCGUACACUAUCACUGACGUAUUCUCCCUCAUCGAUGCCGAAGUUGCGAAUCAGCAGGAGAACGAAGACGAAAUCCCCGAAGACAUCAACCCAGAAAACGUCAUAGACAUCGUGGGCGUCGUGACGGAUUUCACGGGCAUCGUGGGCUUGGUUACACGCCCGUGGACAGGAACCUUCCCUACCAAAGCGACCUCACCCACCACUACGCCCAUGACGCCGGCGACACCUUCCACCACGCCCGCGCCCUUUUCUCCAGCAACACCCUUGGACGUCGAACAGAUUAUUGUUCAACUGCAAACUGAAGGAACGCCGACGGAGACUCCACCUGAAACAACAGAGAGUUACAACGAAAUUCCAACGGAAACGACUGAGCCCUCCGUUGCGAAUCAACAGAACAAAGAGCCGGAAGUAACAACUACCUACCCCUCUCACCGGCCGAUGGACGAAACAGAAAAAGAAAGUGGCGAAGACGAAGAUGACCAACAUGAAGAAGCAGAAGUAGCCCUGGCAAUGGUGAUCAAUAAUGAAUCUGCCAGCACCCUUACGCCAUCAUCAUCAUCAUCAUCAUCAUCAUCAUCAUCAUCAUCAUCAUCAGUUUCAUCACUGGCAACUCCUAUACCUAACCCUCCUGAGCUCGAAUCUACCACAACUCUGAUCUCAUCAUUCUCAUCACAAACAACUCAUGCCUCAGCCACAACAGGCUAUCUGUUUGAUGAGAACGCCAUCAUAUUCCCUGACAACCCCAUAGUUUCUCAUCUCCCCCUGCUGGAGACAGAAGCUCUUGAGGCUGAGACAGAGACUAUCAUCAAUGUCCUUCAGGACACACUGGGUUCUGGCAACAUCCAGGCUGCUGUUGGUGGAUCCGUUUCAGAAUCUGGGACUGGGCAACAACAAGGAGUUGAAUCGUUAAAUGAAAUUCCUCUUGGAAUGGAACAUCUAGAUGACAUUUACCAACAGCAGGAGUCAGCAAGUGCUGGUUUGGCCGAGAUUCACCAACAGCAGCAGGAGUCAUCAAGUACAGAUCUUGCUGAGCUUCACCAACAGCAGCAGGAGUCAUCAGAUGCUGGUCUUAAUCAGAUUCACGUGCAACAGCAGGAAUCAUCGGGCGCUGGUCUGGCUGAUACUCCCCAGGAGCACCAUGAAUCAUCAGAUGCAGGUCUUGUUCAGGAUCACGUGCAACAGCAGGAGUUAUCAGGUACUGCCCUGGUUGAGAUCCCACAGCAGCACCAGCAGGAGUCAUCAGAUGGUGUCCUUGCCGAGACUGACAUGCAGCAGCCAGCCGAAACGGGUAUUGUCGGGCUGGAGCUGCUGGAUAGGUACCCAGAGAAACCAAACGUUGCUGACUAUGACUACGAUUACGACUACGCCGACCACCAGCACCUGCUUCAGCCUGUCAACAAAAAUAUCUGUGGCUUUAAAGGCUUCAAGAACUAUUUUGGUGAAGGUAGCGCCAGCCGCAUUUUAGGUGGAACUGUGGCAUCGACUGUGGAAUGGUGCUGGGUGGCAGCCAUCAUGGAGAGGAGACGAUCCGGUGAUAUAUAUGUGUGUUCUGGCGCUCUGGUUGAGUCUGAUCUUGUUGUUACUACAGCUACUUGUCUAAAGAGGCUGAAGUCGCGUGAUGUGAACAAAUACUAUGUGGUGCUGGGUGACAGCAACUUGCAGGAGGACCUGCCCUACGGGAUCCAGCACCAUCGCAUCAUGGAGGUCGUUACCCACCCGGAUUACUUCACUUCGGGCGGCGCCCAUGGCAACGACGUAGGAGUUUUAAGACUGAGAGACCAGGCCACUUUGAGCGACAAUGUGUGUCUCGUCUGUAUGACACAACAGGACGCCAUUUUCCCUGCCCAGUCGUGUACAGUCGCCGGGUAUGGCAUUGGUGACGUGCCCAACAAUAUGCUCAGAGAAGUGAGAAACGCGGUGCCAUCCGAAGGAGUCCUUCGCCAGAUGUCGGUGCCUAUCCUCAAGCAGCAACAGUGUGAAGUCUCCUUACACAACAUGACAGGAUCCGAAAUCCUUGCGAAGUCGGACUACUUCCUCUGUGCUGGAGGGUUGGACGGAGCCAGCGCUUGCUAUAGCACGAUGGACGGCGGUUCUCCCCUCGCCUGUGAAGCUGGAGGACGCUGGUUCCUAGCUGGAGUGGUGUCCUGGACACGAGACUGCGAGAAGCAAGAUGUCCCGAAUGUCUACACCCGAGUCUCGUCCUUCUCCAACUGGAUUCAGGCGACCCACCUUAGAAUGCUGGGUUUCCUCACUCACCAGGUACAUUCUCAGCAAGUGCGUUGGAUACAGGAACAUGUGGACAAGAUCAAUAAGGAAUUCUCAUAAAUACACCCUCUGCGGAAAACCAGGACGAAAUCUGGUAUAGAUCAGUGAUAGGUUCUCCCAAUUCCUCUUCAGGGAGAUUCCUGCAUGAUCUUAAAAAGGCGUGCUCCUUAAUUCCCUUGGGAGAAACGCUGGAGAAUUCCGUAGGAAUUAGAUUUAAUUCUCUGCCUCUCAAGUGAACAAGGGAGAAUUCUUAACAUUCAAUAAGGAAAUCCCAGUCCUAUAAUGGAAAGCUAGGGAGAAUUGUGUAAGAUCACCAGAGAUUUCACCUAAAUAUCCCAAUGAGAAAUUAAAGGGAAAUAUGUAAGCUCAAUAAGAAGGACCUCUAAAUCUUCAGGGAGAAUUCAACGUAUUUAAAGAGCUUUAAACCACUUUUAUUUUCUGGUGUUAUUUCAUAGCAACUGAGUACGAUUUUUCAACUUUUUUUUUCUUCUGUUAAAAUCAUUUUUGUCCCUCCAUUGGCUGCUCUUCCGAAGAAACGGGUAUCGUACAUGUGACUGUGAAGCAUCAAUGUCCUAAUGCUUUAAACAAAUCCAGCUCGUUUAGAUGCAGUAGUAUAGAAUGCUCUUGCCUUUAAUUACGUGUUAGACAAUAGAUAAAUACUAGAUGUAUACUGGGAAUACAAGAACUUUAACUAUUUGUACGAGAACUUGUCUCACUUUACAGCUUGAUUACGCUUUUCUUCGUCCACUGCUAUAUCGUCAGCACAAACUUUAGAAUACUCAUUCCCUUACUGUAACACGAGUUUUUCAUCUGACUUGUUUUGCCUGACACACAAAGUCCCAAAUCUAGGGACAGAAAUCCGUGGUAAUUUUUGAGAUUUAGGGUUCCCAACAAGGUUCCCAAAGCCUCUUGUUCUUGACCUCGUUAAGACUUAUAAGGUUGUUUAUCGGUCUCUUUCCUCCUCCCCACCAUUUCAUCAGAUUUCAUUCCAUGAUAGGGCUACGAGUACAGAUAAUGGUCACGAUUACUACGUAAAAACAGGUCCUACCAUUAAAUCAUAAAUAUGUUUACUAAUCCUUUUUUAAACUAGUCCUUUAUUGGACUUCGAUAUUGACCAUUUUUAUUAAUUAGUUUUAGAUUAUGAAUGCAAGAUGUUCCAUUACCAGUUUACAGUGCUUUCAUAUUGAGAAUUUCUUUGACGUUUACUCUCAUGUCUAAGGAACUUUAAUUUUUCAUAGUAAAACGCACGUACAAAUAAGCUUUUUGCCUUUAUAGAAGAAACAGGUGGAAUGUCCAAUAGAUAAUAAAAACAGUUCUUUUUUUUAUUAUCCAAUAAACAUUCAAAAUAAUAUUUCUCCCUGAUACGGUAUUAGUGCAUGUUUACAUCUGCUAUAGGAUUAAAGGGAAAAUGUGUCCAAAGUUUGGACCUAUUGACAGUUGGAGUCAGGACAAAAAUGGAGUGCUAAUUAUUAGAUAUUAAAGAUUAAAUAUGACCUGGAUUUUAACAAAUUACUUAGAAAAAUAUCGCUGUACUUUUCCAAGCCUGUGUUGCCUAAUUCCUUCAUUUACUACAUAAUCGUGCAUCAACAUAUUUUUCAUCAGCAGUAUUUAGCAAUUACUUAUGCAGGUAUUUUUUCCCUAGUUGAUAUUUUUACAUUAGUAUUUUUUCUUUUAAUUGAUAUUUUUACAUUGGUAUUUUUUCUCUUAAUUGAUAUUUUUACAUUAUUCUUUGUAGUAUUCCUUGAUUUAGUUUCUUAAGUUACAUUGUUCCACUAUUAAUUUUCUGUGCAGUUAUUCCCACAUUUUGCCUUUUCUCUGUAAUUGAAAAUUUUGACGUUAUCAAAAGGUCUAUUGGUAUCCCUUUGACUUUUACUAAGAUUGCUGAGACCUAUAUUUAAAGUUAAAGCAUAAUCUAAAGUGAUGUACAUAAUUUUAAACCUCUUUAAGAGAAAAAAUGUAAAUACGUGAUUUUGGACCUUUAGUAAUCUUAAAAUUGAACUAACUCGGUAUUCUUGUUUGUUAAAUUUUGCCCUUUUCCAUCAUCAUUCAAUCCAGUAAGCAUUCAUCCCAUCUCCUUUUGUUUACGCAGGUUUUGUUUCAAGCUAAGACAUAAGUCACGCCCACUUUUGCGUGAUAGUUGCCAGUUGUUACUGGAAAGAUGCUGCCAACUAGUUCAGCAACAUCUUGUCCUGAAUGACUGCAGCCAUAUUGUGAAAAGGCAUGGCUUUUGUUUCAGCUUUGAAUAAUUGUGUUUACUGAUGCCAUGGUCGUGAAAUAGUAGAAGGAAAAAUUUAAAUGUUCUUUCUUCAACUGAUGUUGU